AAAAACCAUCUCUCUCUCUCUCUCUCUCUCUCUCUCUCUCUCUCUCUCUCUCCAUGGCCAAAGUUGCCGUUAACACGUUUCUCCUUCUCAGGCGAACCUACACAGUCGCCGCGGAGAAUGUGAGGGUGGGAACGGCGGCAGUGGGUACAAGGAAAGCCGUGGAUUCGAGCGGAGUGGGACCCGAAAAAGAAGCGUCGCCCGGGGGAGGGAAAAGGGAGGAUGUGUUUUGGAUGAGAGAUCCAAAGACCGGUAAUUGGAUUCCAGAGACUCAUUUUGGUAAGGUUGAUGUUGCAGACCUCAGGGAGAAGUUUCUUGUCAAGAAAGCCAAUCUGUGAUGAAAUUACCUUUCGUAUCUUAAUUGUCCUUUUCCUUCUAAAAUCUAAGAAAAUAAUACUCCAUAUAUACAGAGAAACUUUCACAAUAUUCGGUAUGAAACUUGAUAUAUCCGAGUAAAAGCGUCUUAUUUUUU